UGGUCUGGAGGUCAUCGUUUGCCGUGUGUGAUGGUGGAUUCAGUAACACGUUUAUACAUAACGGGACCGUUAUGAAAGCAUUGCAUGCUUUCUAUUUAUAUAUUUCCAGUCGAAAUCACGAGACAUCACAGUACCCGGGGUCUCGCCUAGUAGUGGCCAUAGCUUCGACGUCUACACACUUUUACCUGAGGAAAGAAAUUUCAACAGCGCAGCUCUCAAGUAACGACAAGGUAGUGCGUGGCUGACACAGUUCAUCCAAAGCCAUGGACACUCCGGUUCUAAAGGUGGCUGUUUUUGAGAGAUCUCCGUUCAUAGUGAAGCUAGAGAGUCCAGAUGGGUUCCAGUGGAGUGGUUUCUGUGUGGACCUGUUGAAUCACCUCUCCUCCCUGCUAAACUUCCGGUACGAGCUGUACGAAACCCCGGGUAAUGCUGCAGGAAACAGACUUCCUGACGGAAACUGGACCGGAGUGAUUGGUCAGAUUGUUAAUGAGAAAGCUGACCUGGCCUUAUCCUCCCUGUCCAUCACGUCUCUGAGGGAGAAGGUCGUGGACUUCACCAAUCCUUUUAUGGAAUAUGGUCACGUGCUGGUCAUGCGCAGACCGUCACUGGAAGACAGGCACAUCCUGGCUUUUACCCAUCCAUUCCAUUGGCAGGUGUGGUUGUGCAUCAUCACCUGCAUGUUCACGGUGGGAAUCCUGCUGUUCCUGACCAGCAGACUCAGGCUGAAGAUGAACGCCGGGGACAGACAUGCCGACAACGACAGGGCCUUCAACCUCAGGAACAGCCUCUGGUUCGUCUACUGGUCCAUGAUGCGGAAAGGAGGAGAGCCCCCACCGCGGUCUCUAUCUAUAAGGAUCAUGGCAGGGUUCUGGUGGCUGUUCGUGCUGAUUGUCGUGUCCACUUACACCGCCAACCUCACGGCUUUCCUCACCGUCAAACGCCUCAAGCAUCCCGUCACCUCUCUGGACGACCUCGCCUCGCAAACCAAAGUCAAGUACGGCAUCGUCAACCGCGGGUCGCUGUACGAUUUCUUCAAAGCACAGGAAGGCACAAGUUCUAUCUAUGAAAGACUUUGGUACGGCAUGGAGGCCAAUCCACAGGAAAGCUUCGUCAGCAACAUACAAGAAGGGAUGGACAGAGCAAGACAAGGGGAAUAUGCCUUCAUAACGGAAGGCACUCAUUUCAUGUAUGAGGCCAUGAAAGACCCGGACUGCCAGUUGAGCAUGGUGGGUGCGCCGUUUGUCUAUGGAGGCUAUGGGAUCGCCACAAGGAACGGCAGUCAUUGGACAGAGAAACUAACUAUCGGCAUCUUACAGCUGCGAGAGUUGGGCAGAAUCAACGCGUUACGGGACCGGUGGUGGCCGAAGUCGGAGUGCUCGCUGGACGGGUCCGAUCCCCGCGCCAAUGCUAGCGGUCUGACGCUGGGGGAGCUGAAGGUUAUUUCCUUCCCUCGUAUGAUAUACAUAGGAAAUUUAUCAAAUAAUGUCUAG